CAUCUAAAAAAAAAAGUCAUCUAAUCAAAUGAGACUUUUUUAGUUUCAUAUUUUUAUUCAUGUUUAUAAUAAAUAAUUGAUGAAGUUUCUAUAGUUAAAAUAAUAUUUAUUAGUCAUUUUCAGUUAUAAUACUUUCAGGACAUUAUGUUGAAAUUUGAAAAUUUCUUUCAAUAAUAGUAUGCCAUACACAAUUAGUGAUAGCUUGUUUAUAUAACUAAAAAAAAAUCGACAAUCAAUAGGACAGAAAAAACAAAGUUAAUAGAAACUCUUGUUUUUUGGAAAAUAGAAAAAUUAUAUGUUUAAUAGUUUUAGAUAAAAAAAAUAUAAAAAAGUUAUAGAUUAUAAAUUUGCUUAGGCAAUGUAAACCGAUCGACCGACACUAACGAAGGAUUCUGCAACAUACCUAGGUGAAGACAUGAAAGAAAAUCCUACUUUUGUACAAUGAACAUACACAAUUAAUAUAUUCUUAAUACAAAUAGAUGAACAUUACAGGUUUAAUUAUUAAAUGACUUUUGAAAUGUGUCUGGUCCAUUUAUGUUCCAAAAUUUAAAACCCGUCACUUUUUUUUUUUGAAAUAAUGUUAAAAUUAUUCAUUUCAAAAAAUCUCUUUAUACCUUGUGUGACUGUUUCUCAAGUUUGAUCUAAAAUUUAUUUAAGCGCUAAAAUAGAAUCGAAACUCUGCUAGUGUAUACUCCCGGUUUGCAAACCAAGCUUGCAGAAGCGAAUCUUCCAUUUCCAACCAUAUGUAACGGCACCGUUACAGACGCCUUUGUCAAUAAAUAUUAGGUGACCUGCAGAGUUUUUAUUGUUGGAGGUGGCUUUUGCCCUUCAACAAGGCUUCUAAGAUAAUGGAUUCAGCAUAUAGGUCACUAGAAAAAACGCUAGACAUCAUUUGUUUAUAAAAUAAGGAAACACCCUCUCUUUGAAAGGGAUCAUUUUUCUCAUUCUUUUUCAUCUUCUCUCAUUUUCUAAAGAAAAAACACUCUCUAGAGAGAACACCUUAUCACAUGCCUUUUUCUAGGCACACGUGUCCCAUUGUUGUAGAACUACGAUUGGCUUGAUCCCUACCAAAAAAUAUGUUAUGUAAGCAUCCUUUCAGUGGUCCAGACACAAUCAUUAAACCUCUUUUAUUUUCCAUCUAUCUAGUUCAAGCUCAACAUGAAGGCUUCUCCUAAUUUCACCAUGGAAAUCUGUCAUUUCCUAGCACAUCACCGAUUUCGGUUCAAACACUUAUUAUCAUUCUUUUUCUUUCACUUACUUUAGUUCGACCCGGGUCAGAUCGAAGAAUCUAAAAAAUAUCAUUUGAAAACUCGGGUCAGAUUGCGCGGUAACCCGGGAAUCAGGGAAGGAGUGACAUUCACAAUAAAUAAUAUCAAAGGAGGGAGAGCACAGGAGACGUGCCUACGCUCACUCACAGUAAUUGCCACACCCUAACUUCUCUGUCAAGUCAGGUUUAGAAAAUCUCUGCUUUAAUCUCUCUGUUCAUCUCUAUGCUCUGUUAUGAUAACUUAUGCUUGAAAAUGUAUAUGGGUUAUUAUAAGCACAAGAUCCUAGUAAAGGAUACUCUGGUCCCGGUGGUUCAACAUUCAUCUAUGGUCAUCAAAUGAAAUCUAGUGAAUCUGCUAUCAUCCGUAUGUAAAGCCUCUUGAGAAAGUAACCCUAAUAAAUUACGUAUUGUUGAUUCAAGGACUGUACUUAAAAAGGAACAUGCUUUUUGAUGGGUCUCCUCUUUCCUCAAAAAGGUCUCGCUUGUACGUCAUGUAAUUCACGAGAGUUGAGCUGCCAUGCAUAAAACUUAACGUACACUAUUCUCUCAAGAUGGAGAAUAUACUAUUCCAGAAACCAUAUAAUAUACACAAGCUUUAGAUUGUCAUUUACUUUUGCUCUAAUCAGUUCUGCUAGGCUAAACUUUCGAACAGAAAAUGCGUGUAUUCCCUGGAUUUGGUAGCUGGAUCAAUCAGAACAGUCAACAGCCUCUUAAGGCCGAGUCCAAGAGAUCUGAAAAUGGCGAAUCUAAGUCGGCGUCAGAGAAAGACACUAACAAUGCUCCUGCUAAGAAGAAGAAGGAGGUGGUAUAUUAUGAUGAAAAAGAGGACACGAAACAAGAAGGACUUUGGCAUGAAGCAGAGAAGAAGCAUCCAUGGCAUAAUCCACCUCCCAAGAUAAAUAAAAGAAUAGAACGCGCCUCACGCGCCUUUGCGAAAAUCUCCCAAACUGAGAACCACUUCGUUUCACCUCCUCCGUCGCCGUGUCCGGCGCCGGCCACCCCCUGCGGCCAUGGCAAAGAAGAAGCCACCCAAAGGAAAGCCACCAAACCGUUCAACCACUCACCCCGGCUCCGCCUCUCGCUCCACCUCCGCGUCCAAGCCUCGCGCUGUCUCACCACACGCUGCUGGCUCCGACUCCGCUACUGGAAAGGUCGAUCCUGGCUUUCCUCCAGUCAAAGAUGCUCAGACUACUGCUACUGUAGUGGAUCUGGCCAUGGAGAUUGAAAACCCCAAUCUCGAAAACCUAGCUACAGAAUCGAAUGCUGUACCUAGACCUACAGUUCCCGACACCACUGUUGAUGCAAACACUGGUAAGGAAACGGGGACUGACUUGAAACCCUCUCAGGAUGGACCGACCAGCAACGGUUCUUCUCCUGCGGAACUCUGGAAAGGUUUUGUGAAGGAAGCUUCUAUAAAACUUCAACCGAAGGAGAAGCCGUUCUUGCUCGACUCUGGUGAACCGUGCGUUACCAUUCCAAAUGCAGUUGUUGAAAAGAACAAAAAAGCUUGGGAAUGCUUUAUUCUUGGUCAGUUCUACAACGACGCCCCUGCCCGGGGUGCCGUUCAUGCAAUUGUAAACGGAAUUUGGAGUAAACACCGUAGAGAUAUCACAGUAUCGAAGAUGGAUAAUCAAGCUUUCCUUUUCCGUGUACCCUGUCCUCAUGCCCGUAGACGCAUCCUUGCUCAGAACUUCUGGCAGAUCGAUGGGCAAACGAUGUUUGUAGCCAAGUGGUCUCCAGGCCUUCAACAGGUUAAACCUGAGCUCGAGAUGGUGCCGAUUUGGCUCGAGCUUAGAAGAGUUCCGCUUCAGUUCUUCAACCAAGAUGCUUUGCAAGAAAUUGCAGGAAUAGUGGGCCACCCUGUUUGCCUUCAUCCGUCAACAGAGCAACUUAUCGACAUUGAAGUGGCAAAGGUUUACACUGUUAUUGAUCCUCGAAAGCCUCUUCCAAACUUUGUCAAUGCACGGUUUGAGAGCGGAGAUACUCGACGCAUCUCUGUCUCUAGCCCCUUCAUGCCGUCUUUGUGCUCCUUUUGCAAGAAAGUCGGUCAUACCAUCUCCCGCUGUAAGGAUGCGCCUAAGACAUGUACUCUCUGCAACUCUGUCAAGCACCUAAUGGUUGAUUGCUCGAGAUAUAGCCGUGAAAAGGCAAGAGGAAAGGCUCAUAUAAAAAGCCUUCUACCAAUUGUCUCUCAGACAAAGAAAGUCUACAGACCAGCGGGAGAUAAGAACAAGGGUGAGACGGCCUCUUCUUCUGUCCCUCCAGCACGGUCUGAUAUUCCCUCAGAGCGGUCUACUCCUGCUCGGGCUAAUUCUCCUUUACUACGGACUACUCCUCCUUCACUUCCACAUCGCUCGAACUUGGAGAACAGGCAAAGAUCAGUGUCUCCUAUCAGCCACCACGCUCAGCGUGUGAAUCCUCAUUCCCAGACGUUGGCUGUCGAGACUAAUGAUCUGGUGGAAGGUCGCCUUGUCGUAGAUUUAACCUCUUAUUCCUCGAAAAACUCCAUCUCAUCUGGUCAUGUUUCUGAUGGUAGUAACUUUUCGGGCGAUGAGGAUCCGGGUGACGGAGAUGAUAAAUACAUCGAAGUCAUUUCUCGAAGAAUGAAGAAACAGUUAAAAGGAAAGGCUAGGGCAGGAGACCCUCUAAUCCUCUAAAUUUUACCUCUUAUAUAUGGAUCUUUUUUGUUGGAAUAUAAGAGGAAUAAAUGAUUCUGUAAAACGGAGGGGUUUUAGGAAAUGGAUGCGGAAGAAUAAACCUAUUUUUGGUGGUCUCGUGGAGACACAUGUACAGCUACCUAAGUCGGAUGGUAUUUUAAACUCUAUUCUACCGGGUUGGUCU